AUGAGCUGGCCCCGCGUGUUGAAGCAGGCACCUCGAUGUGGCCACUGUGCACCAUCUACCGACUCACGCCUCAUUAAAUCUUCACAUAGCAUCGCGUCCCCGAUUCGACCCCGAUAUCGCGGAUUUGCUUCACAAUCCGGCAACAACGUCUCCUUGCAAUGUCUCGGCAAAGGUGCCACUCGUCGCAUGUCGGCAGCUUCUACAGCACUUGCCAAAAAAAAGGCCAUUGAUAGAGACUUCAUUGUCUCCGUCUUGGAAGUAUCAGCUACCAAACGAGAUGCCAAAGGAUAUCUUCAGAAGUACACCGGCAAGAAUCCAAAGUCUCUCACUGAUGCACCUCUGUUCGUCCAGGGUGAUCCGCAGCAGGAAACGGAACCGCUGGACAUAGUGCCUCCGCAUGUCGCUAUUAUGAAGCUUCGUGUCCCACAAGAGAUCGAUGCCACAACUCUGGCGGGAGUAGCAAAUACGCUGUCUCAGUUGCGCAAGCUCGGGCUCUUAAGCGUCGUCGUCAUUGACUGUGGUAUUGAUGAAUCUCGCAUGACUUUCCAAGACCAGGCUUUCCGCCUCUGUGAAGCCAUCGACAGCUUCGGAGAACAUGGCGCUCGUGUUGUAAAGCAUGCGUUUGUGGGCUCGGAACCCAUCGGGCAGAAGGGCAGAUCACAGCCCACUGAUAUCCGACUUGAUGAUCCUGCCUUUAUCAACCACAUUCUGCACCACCGCAUGAUGCCGGUUAUCCCUUCUGUGGUCAGCCGCGAUGAAACCCGCCCGCCCCAGCCUGCCGACUCGAAUCAAAUCGUGCUGGCUCUCACUAGGUACUUUGCAGGCGUGCAGCAGUCCAAUAACACUGACACAUCUGCUGCGGCCGAUGCUGUCCCCCCAAAACCCAUUGCUCUCGUAGAGAGAAUCAUUCUUCUUGAUCCACUUGGGGCAACACCAAUGACAGGCCGACCUGGUGCAUCCCACCGGUUCAUUAACUUGGAACAAGAAUAUGAACCGAUUCUCAAGGAACUCAUGGGCCCUGACGGAUCCCCCCUAGCAGACGACAAGGACCUCCGCGCCUCGAUCACUGCACAUGCCGCGAAUUUAGCCCUUGCUAAAGAUGCUUUGGCGAUGCUACCACAUACUUCAUCUGCUCUCAUUACUACACCUGACGCUGCGGCAAAUCUUAUGAAAACGUCAUUUGAGACCAACGAAGCUGUCGGGUCUGAUUCUCUCUUUGGAAUCGGUGGUAUAGUAACAACUCGGAGGAAGAAAAAUCCACUACUGCACAACCUUCUCACAGACAAGCCCGUCUUCUCGUCGUCCCUCCCGAUGGCGCGCGCACCAACAAAUUCUGGUAGGGAACCCACGGUGGGGGCAUCUGGAGGCUCAACUCUACUUAAAAAGGGUAUGCCUCUUCGAGUAUUCCCUCACCCUCGGGAGAACCCAUGGGUUCCGCCCAAGCCUGGAAGUCCUCGACUCCGCUUGACCGAUAAGUGCAUCGACCUCCCUCGACUGGUCCAUCUCAUUGAGGACUCAUUUGGCAGAAAACUGGACGUGGAUGACUAUCUCAAUAGAGUCAACGAGAAUCUGGCCGGCGUGAUCAUCGCUGGAGAAUACGAAGGCGGUGCCAUCCUGACGUGGGAGAAACCCGAAGGCUUGGACGACCAGACAGCGUACGAGCAAGGCCGUUACGUUCCGUAUCUUGACAAAUUCGCCGUCCUGAGGAAGAGCCAGGGCAGUGGUGGUUGUGCUGAUAUUGUUUUCAACGCCAUGGUGCGAGGCUGUCUCCCUGACGGUGUAUCGUGGAGAAGUCGGAAGGAUAACCCGGUGAACAAGUGGUAUUUUGAGCGAUCUUUGGGUACUAGUAAGUUGUCUGGGUGUAACUGGACUAUGUUCUGGACAACACCCAAUUUGGACAACCAAAGUCCUGUUUUGCGAGAUUAUGAGUCGGUAUGCAGGGGAGUCGAACCUUCUUGGGCUGACAAUAAACACAUUUUGGAUUGA